AAAAUCCUUGAAAACAAGAAAAUGGUGUUGUAAAAAGACCAUUUUUUUCUUCUUUGCAAAAAUUUUGAGACUGGUUUUGAUGGUUUAAAAAGUAAAAGAUAAAAUGUUUUGAUAUAAUCUACGUUCUACAAAUCUUAUAAUUUCACUAGUGCCUCCCUUUUUAAACUUAAGUCCUGAAAACCAAACAGGUUACUUUGUCCGCAAAAUGAGCCUUGUCGGAAAAAAAUGUGAAUCGAUAUCUUUACACGAAUCAAUUAAAGACGAUGUGAUUUCCAAUCAAGUAACUCCUGAAGAUGUAUUGAGAUUGGAGAGAAUUACAGAUACAUACCUCUGCAGCCCUGAAGCUAAUGUAUACGACAUCGAUUUUACGAGAUUUAAAAUUCGAGAUUUAGAAACUGGAACGGUGUUAUUUGAAAUAGCUAAACCUCCGACUGAUUUCGGCGUCGAUAAUGAUUCUUUGGAAGAUUCCACAGAGGAGCCCUUGGAUCCAAAUGCGGGGAGAUUUGUUCGUUAUCAAUUCACACCACAAUUUCUGAAGUUGAAAACUGUUGGCGCUACAGUGGAAUUCACAGUUGGGGCUCGUCCAGUUAACCAUUUCAGAAUGAUUGAGAAGCACUUCUUCAGGGAUACACUACUGAAAACUUUUGAUUUUGAGUUUGGUUUCUGUAUUCCAUUCUCAAGAAAUACUUGUGAGCACAUUUAUGAAUUUCCAACAUUACCCCCUGACUUAGUUGAGGAAAUGAUUGCUGCUCCUUUCGAGACAUGCUCUGACAGUUUUUACUUCGUGGACAACCAAUUGGUGAUGCAUAACAAAGCAGAUUAUGCUUAUAAUGGAGGUAUCAACAAUUAAAGUCUACUUACUAAUCACAAUAUUUUGGAGAGAUUGCACACUUUCACAAAACAAAAAAAGUUCAGUUAUUGAAUAUUUACAUUAGUUAGGUAAUUAUGUUUAAUUUUUUACUUUUACUAAAAUUGUGAUAAUAUUGAAAAUUUAAUUUUAUUUACAUGUUUAAUUAUAUUUAGUAUUUUUACAUGUGGGUAGUGUUGCCCUAUAAGUCACACAAAAAGAAAUAGGUAAUCUCAUGAUGAUAUUUAGAUAAUAAGUUUUUAUUAAAGACAUUCCAUAUAUUAUAUUUAUCAAGUUGACUGAAAAUAAUUAUGCUCUUUCAUGUUAGAAAAGAUGAUAAUACAGGACAAUUAAUAAUUCAUCGUAAAUAUACUUUAAAUAAUUGAAUCUCAAAUGUUUAAUCAUUGACAAAAUAUAGCUUGUUUUAAUAGAAGAUUGAAAAGGCUUUGAAAAGUCAAUGGGAACUUAUAGCUUUUUCGGUAGUCUUAAAUAUUGUUAUUAUUAUUUUUAUUAAAUUAUGUAACGAUUUAAAUAUUAGAUAUUUUAUAAAGGAAAUUGACACCAAUGAGCACAGAGUUUGGAUCUACACCAAAACUUUAAUUUGUGUGAAUCACAAUUUUAGAUAAUAAUAGUAAGUAGUUGUUUCACUACUAUCUGAUGCUAGUCAUUUGUGCAAGUUCUCAGUGACAUUUGAGUGAUAACAAUAAUGUGCAUUUGGAGAUGUACAGGGAUUAUGAAAAAUUGAUAAUAAUAAUGUCCUUCCCCAUUUAAAUAUACUUAUUAUUCUCACACAUUCUAAUGGUAUACAAAUGAAAAAUUGAAGUUUAAAAUUGUAAAUAAACAAUGUAUAAAUUGAAAUUUACAAUCAAUGCAAAUCUUAUUUAGUUAUAAGUAAAGCUUAAAUAAACAACCAUCACAAACACAAUGAUAAUUUUAACAAAAUAUAUGCUAAUAAUAAAAACCUCUGAUCUCAAUCUAUGACUGAAAUUGCUUUCAAAUUUUUUAACACAAUCUUCAAUGGACUGAUUAGUAUUUUUUUAUGAACAAAUUAUCAUUUGUGGCAUUUAAACCUGCUUCAAAAAUUUGUUCUCUUACGUUUCUCAACACAGCAGGAGUUGAGUUCUCAUAGCACAGAUCAUUUUUGCCAUCUAGAUCUUGAGUGCAUUGCACUCAGAAAACAUCUUGGAGGGACCAAGUUGUUCCUUGAGUGCUAUGAUAUGUCCUUGAAAUGAAGUUUGAAGAAAGUGCAACUGGCAUUGCUAAUGUCUAUGAGCGACUGUGCCCUCUCAUGAUCAUUUAAGCGGGGUGCACAGUUGAAUGAAACUUAUAUUGGUAAUGGAGAACUCUUCAAAAAGAAAAUGUUUUCCCCAUACUUAUAGCAUCAAGCUGGGAUUUCAAAAAGCCUGAAAAUCAUAAUAUAUAAUAAUCUCUCCACAAAUCGUAGAAUUCAAUGUUUCCUGAUGCAGACAAAUUGUAGAUAAGGGUGAAAAAAGUAUAUGAAAUCAACUGCCAUUUUUUUUAACUAAAAUAAGUUUUCAUUUUGUUACUUUACUAAAACCAGUGAUCAAGAUAAAACAUAUACCUAUUUUGAAUCAUGCGUAAACUUUGUAAGAUUUGCGUGUUGGUUAAUAGUGACAUGAAGCAGAAUCCUUUUAAAUAUGCUGGUAGGAAUGUCAUGCCGUCCAAAAACCCUUUAUUUCAUCAAGUGACCUUCUUUUAAAUUUUAUGUCUAUAAAAUCACCUAACACCAUGUGUUCAAUGAGUGAAUCUACUUUUAAUCUGUUUACUUGGGUUGGGUAUUGCACAGGUCGUAAAAUAUGUUAUAUAAUCGUAUCGUGUUUGAAUAACUCAUAUUAUUUUUCAACAAACAAAAUUGUAUGUAAUAUUUUAUGUCAAAUAAUAUGGGAGCUGUAGUAUUAGGCAAAAUUUUGGGGGCGGCUAAAUUCACUAGGAUAUGUUAAGAAAACGUUACUAGUGAGACUCGCAAUGAGCGGAAGCAGGAGGAUGAUUGUCAAUGACAGUAACCUUUCAGUUGUAAUGCUAUUAGUAACCAAAGCACUGUGCGCUUAAUGCGGGUUUGUGGGGGCGCUGUUCCAACUCCAUACAAAUUUGAGUUAAAAAAUCCUAAAGUUAAAAAACUCGCAUUAAGCGUACAAAUGUCACCGUACUCGUCGAGGAUUAUAAAAUCAGUGCAUAAAACGAGCAAGUUGUUGUCGACAUUGAUAAAUGUGUAAAACCUAAAACCAUAAUAUUAGGGGUUCAAGUAUAAAAUUGCCGAUUUGUACUGAAAAAUCGAAAUUUGUUUUUUUUUUCAUUUAACAUAUUUAUUUAAUCAAAAUAUUUACAUUAGCUUUUGCC